UGAUGUGUUUUUGAUAUCAAUUCUAACCAUGUCUCCUCUACUGUGUUCUUUCACUCAGAGAUCUGCAUGCAUAGAAAUAAAGGAAAGUGAGAAGAUCUUUACUGAGCUGAUCCAAUCCAUUGAGAAGAUCCACACUGAGGUUAUUGAGCUGAUUGGAGCUAACGAGAAGGUUGCAGUGAAUCAGGCUGAAGGACGCAUGAAGAAACUGGAGCAGGAGAUUGCUGAGCUAAGGAGGAGAAACGCUGAGCUGAAACAGCUUUCAGAGACAGAGGAUCACAUCCAUUUUCUACAGAAUUUCCAGCCUCUCUGUGCCCCUCCUGAAGCUGGAGACUUACCCAGCAUUACUGUCAAUACAGAUUUCUCUUUUGGGGCUGUGAGGAAAGCUGUAUUUGAACUUAAAGACCAUAUUGAGGACUUCUGCAAGGGGGAAUUAGUUAAAAUAACCACAACAGUGAAUGAAACAGCAGUUUAUACCCUGGGGUCUAGGAGAAUUGACAGACGUUUCAAAGUGAAUGAAGUUGCAGUUUACAGUCUGCAGGCUCCAGAGCCAAGGAACAGAGCUGAGUUUUUAAAAUAUUCCUGUCAACUCACACUGGACCCCAACACAGCGAAGAGAGUGCUCUGUCUGUCUGAAGGGAACAGAAAGGUGACAUGGAGGAGAGAGACCCAGAGAUAUCCUGAUCACCCAGAGAGAUUUGAUCGCUAUCCCCAAGUGCUUUGCAGAGAGGGUUUGUCUGGGACUCGCUGUUACUGGGAGAUUGAGUGGAGUGGGAGAUGGGCUUCUAUAGGAGUCACAUAUAAAGGAAUCAGCAGGAAAGGAAAGGAUCAUUCCUGUGGCCUUGGAUACAAUGACAAGUCCUGGAGUUUGAUCUGCUCUGACUCCAGGUACACUGCCCUGCACAAUAACAAUCAAACUGCAAUAACUGCUCCCCGCUCCCCCAGAAUAGGAGUGUAUCUGGACUUUAAUGCCGGCACGCUGUCCUUUUAUGGCAUCUCUGACACAAUGACCCUCCUGCACAGAUUCCAAACCACAUUCACUGAGCCGCUCUAUCCUGGGUUUUGGCUUUGGAGUUCUGGUUCCACUGUAACAAUCUGCCAGCUGAACUAGACUGUUUUGUGUUGUAAGAAACCCUUUGUAUUGAACUCCCUGUCUGUCCUCUCCACUCCUCGGGUGAAGGGAAUGUUCAAUCUGACACAACUUUGGAUGAAAGUUAGGGGGUAAAACGGCGCCACCUGCAGAGCGAAACGAGGUGAAUUAUUUGUUUUUAGUAACAAAUGGAUUUCAUAUGAAAUAACUGUAUUUAAUUUCUUUUUUUUAAGAAAUGUUAUGUAUUAUAUAUAUAUUUUAAAAAAUGGCAUCCAAUGCCCCUUGCUGUAACAGUUUUAAAAAAAGUGAACUUAAUUUUGCUUUAUUGUAUGUGUGUUUUUGUUCUUUGAU